AUGGAGAAGAAGAACACAAGAACAAGAGGUGGCGCUGGCGGUGGCAAUGCCAAAAGACGUGGCGUUGGCGGAGUUUCGAGGCUCCCUCUAGACAUGGUGAUCGAAGUGCUCACAUGUCUUCCGGCGAAGUCUCUAUUGCGAUUAAAGUGUGUGUCAAAGCUCUGGUGCACAACAAUCGGCGGCCCUUCUUUUUCCAACGCCUACCGCGAUCGUUCCAGUUCUCGCUCCACCAUCCUCCUCACAUACCACGACAGCCACCACUUAUUCUGCUUCUAUGCCACCCUUCCCUGCCUCGGGGAAUCAUUCCACCACCGCUGGAUUCCAUCCCGCGACAAAUUCGACGCCCGUGCAUUAGUACUCCACCACUGGACUUUACCCCUCUCGAUACCGGACGGCGGUGUCACACAAGUCAUUAACGGCCUCUUCUGCUUCUACUCCGGCCACUGUGCUUCUCUCUGCAACAUCUCCACCCAUGAAAUUAUGCAACUUCCAUCAUCAAACCAUAAAAGCAAAGACCCAUACCCGGAUUACUAUUUCGGGUUCGACGCCAUUGCUGAAGAGUACAAAUUGCUUAAAUCUUAUGGCGAUGGACAUAAAACAAAAAUAAAUUACACUCCAAAGUGCGAGAUUAUCACCCUAGGCAAAGACGCCUCUUGGAGAAGAAUUGACAAGUGGAAAAUUAUAUGGACGCAAAGCUUUUGCGUUAAUGGGGUUUUGUAUUGGAUGAAUCCAAAUCGCCGGCCUUGGGACUUGGAUGACAUGCACAAUUUCAUUGCAUUCGAUCUCAAAGAAGAACAGUUUCAAGAGCUUCCACAGCCACCGGCAUCGUCGAAACAAGGUGAUUUGGUGCAAUUCGGAGGCAAAUUGGCUUUGGUGCACGGGUUUGAUGAUUUGAAGUUGAAGUUGUGGGUAUUAGAGGAGCAGGGUGAAGGAGAGUUAAGGUCAAUGUCAUGGACCAACUAUGAAAGCUACGUUCCAGACGGAGUAUGCAACCAUGUAAAAUGGUGGAAUAACUCGAAUUCUUAUCAACCAAAUUAUCCUAUGUUACUACAGCUCGCCCCACCAUUACAUGCACAGAACGGACCUGACGGAGGUGAACAUGUUUUUCCAGUAGGCAAUCUUCCAACCGGUGAGAUAUUAUUGAAUGGUGGAAGGAUUCGAUCUCUCAUGUCCGUUUAUUCGUAUGAUCACAAUGGGAAGUUUAAAGAAAUUGAUAUUGGUCAAUUGCCAGAAACUCCAGAUUUAGUCGAAAGGAAAGGAGACGUGUUCCGACUAUAUUACCAUGAGGAGAAUGUCACACCAUUGAAAGAUUUGAUUAGCAGCAAACAAUUUGACAAGAAGUAA